CGCAGGUUAUCUUAAUAUAAUUUAGCACGAAGACAACCUCUCCUUCCAUCCCUGGGAUCCCAUACACUCCCUCUCCUGCAUCUACAUAUACUCCACGCUCAGUUUCAUCCACUCGACAAGACCGUGCUGUAAGCCCUUCUCCUGAAAUGCCUUCUCGCUCAGUGUCUACAGCAUCUAGGGCCCGAAGCGCUUCUUGUGCGCCUUCACUUAAUAGACCAUCUUCUCAGUCAAAGCCAAUAUUCUCACCUGCAGGAAGUACAAGUAAAAUAUCCACUGGAAUCUAUCAGUCUAGAGCAACAUCGCCAUCACCGAGAGCUAAUGCUAAUACUUCGGGUGCUGGCGGAAGAAAGACUCAGUCCAAAUUCCCGCCCCCCGUGAUUGCAAAUGGUUCGCCAAGGUCACAGCAAAGCUCCUUGAGCGUAAGAGCACCACCACCACGACGAUCAAGCAGUCCGAUUCCAUAUAGUAGUACCGGUCGUACAGAGCCUACUUCAGUUCUGAAUUCUUCGGAUUCAUCCUUACCCUCAACUCAUCGAAAAGGACGAGCACUCUCACCCCCGGCUUCUCAGCGAAGUCGGACGAGCGCUCGACCUGCUCGUAGUGUAAGUCAAAUGGGAUUCCGAAGUGAUUCUGAUUCGAAACAGCGUCAUAGGCGCCCCUCUCUGGGUAAUCAAUUGAUGCUGUCGACGUCGAAAGAGACGAAGAUAAUUGAAGGCAAUGGUAUGUCAUCGCUUCAUGGACCACCUGCGCCCGAACUUAUAACAGAGUCGACACCCAGCAUGAGACUCGAGGUUUGUGCGGUGCCCCUUUUCGGCUCUGUUGAUUCAUCCAGUUCCCCGGUGCCUUCUCAACUACAGCAAAGAGAGGAGCAACAGCAACAGUUACGGCCGAGGAAACUUGAUCCAUUGGAUUUUCCACAAGGAAUCAAACCCUAUAUUGCGGUUCGCGGUGAUGAACUUGAUGAAGAAUUUGCGCGGGUUUUGAACGCAAACCCAAUAUCUAUUCAAGUUCGACGGUUAGGCGAAGGUAAAUAUUACUUUGGAGGUAGGAUGGAAGAACGAGGACCCGGAAAAAUCGUUGCUGUUGGUGGGAAAACAGUCCUUUGUCGUUUGAUGGAGCGUGGACGUUCGGCUACAGGAGCAGGAGAUUCAAAUAUUAUAGGUGGAGGAAGCUUCAAUGGAGUUGAGGAGGCCAUUAUACGACAGCAACAGCAACCGAACCAGCAGCUACUGCGACCAUCUACAUCGCAACGUUCGAGGUCGCGUGAUGCUUCUAAUCUUCUUCCUCCUCCUCUUCCAAAUCCAUUGCCCAUCGUAAAAACGCCACGAAAGCCGGAGCCAGUGGCAAGUCGGUCUACGCGUACAAGGGCGAGCUCAUUUAAUGCGCUGGGCUCAUCCAUAGGAUCCGUAGCAGGACGGAAUAGGAAAAUAAUGGUGCGUGUGGGCGGUGGGUGGCAGGAUUUGGAUCUUCAUCUAUUGACUUUUCGAGGGUGAUAUUAGUUCUCAAAAAUAAUACAGUAGUAACAGUAAAAACACUUUUAAAGGUCGCA